AGGGAGAGGAGGAGGGAAGCGGGAGAUUCUUCUUGACUGCCCCCUUGCCUUCAAACAUUUUAUAGGCUUCAGGGAGAGCGAGGAGGAGGAGGGGAGAGAAAAGACGGGAGCGAGAGGGGUAGCGAGCGCGCGCCUUCCUUCCCUAACCCUCGGGCUGCCGGAGGAGUCUGGGCUGUGUCCCCAGUGUCAGAUGAGAGGGCGCUGAGGCUCGCGGCCGCCGUCCCACGCCCCGCGCCGCGCACGCCCCUCGGCGACCCCGGCGCCCGAGCAUCUCUCCGCGCCGGGCAGACGCCUGCGCUCCGGGCGGCCGCUCCGUCUCCAGCGCAAUGUGGGCGCGCCUGGCCUUUUGUUGCUGGGGUCUGGCGCUGGUUUCAGGCUGGGCGACCUUUCAGCAGCUGUCCCCGUCGCGCAAUUUCAGCUUCCGCCUCUUCCCCGAGGCGGCGCCCGGAGCUCCCGGGCGACUACCCGCGCCGCCCGCAUCCAGCGAGGACGCGGCGGCCGCGGAGAGCAAAGUGGAGCGGCUGGGCCAGGUGUUCCGGCGACGCGUGCGGCGGCUGCGGGAGCUCAGCGAGCGCCUGGAGCUCGUCUUCCUGGUGGACGAGUCGUCCAGCGUGGGCCAGGCCAACUUCCUCAGCGAGCUCAAGUUCGUGCGCAAGCUGCUGUCCGACUUCCCCGUGGUGCCCACGGCCACGCGCGUGGCCAUCGUGACCUUCUCGUCCAAGAACAACGUGGUGCCGCGCGUCGAUUACAUCUCCUCCCGCCGCGCGCACCAACACAAGUGCGCUCUGCUCAGCCGCGAGAUCCCGGCCAUCAGCUACCGAGGCGGUGGCACCUACACCAAAGGCGCCUUCCAGCAAGCCGCGCAAAUUCUUCGUCAUUCUAGAGAAAACUCAACGAAAGUUAUAUUUCUCAUUACGGAUGGAUAUUCCAACGGGGGAGAUCCAAGACCUGUUGCGGCAUUGCUGCGAGAUUUUGGGGUGGAAAUCUUUACGUUUGGCAUAUGGCAAGGAAACAUUCGAGAGCUGAAUGACAUGGCUUCCAUCCCAAAGGAGGAACAUUGCUAUCUGCUCCACAGUUUUGAAGAAUUUGAGGCUUUAGCUCGCCGGGCAUUGCAUGAAGAUCUGCCUUCUGGGAGUUUUAUUCAAGAGGAUAUGUCCCAUUGCUCCUAUCUAUGUGAAGCCGGCAAAGACUGCUGUGACCAGAUGGCAAGCUGCAAAUGUGGGACUCACACGGGUCAGUUUGAGUGCAUCUGUGAGAAGGGGUAUUACGGGAAAGGUCUUCAGUACGAAUGCACAGCUUGCCCAUCUGGGACAUACAAACCAGAAGGUUCACCGGGAGGAAUCAGCACUUGCCUUCCAUGUCCUGAUGAAAAUCACACGUCUCCACCUGGAAGUACGUCCCCUGAAGACUGUGUCUGCAAAGAGGGGUACCAGGCCUCCGGCCAGACCUGCAAAGUUGUCCACUGCCCUGCUCUGAAGCCUCCUGAAAACGGUUACUUUAUCCGAAACACGUGCAACAACCACUUCAAUGCAGCCUGUGGGGUCCGCUGUCACCCUGGGUUUGACCUCGUGGGAAGCAGCAUCUUCUUGUGUCUCCCCAGUGGUUUGUGGUCCGGUUCCGAAAGCUCCUGCAGAGUGAGAACAUGCCCUCGUCUCCGCCAGCCCAAACAUGGCCGCCUGAGCUGUUCAACUGGAGAAAUGUCCUACAGGACCGUGUGUUUGGUCACCUGUGAUGAAGGGUACAGACUAGAAGGAAGUGCUAGGCUUACCUGCCAAGUAAACGCUCAGUGGGAUGGUCCAGAACCCCGGUGUGUGGAACGCUACUGUGCCACCUUUCAGAAGCCCAAAGGUGUUACCGUAUCACCUCCCAACUGUGGCAGGCAUCCUGCCAAACCUGGGACGAUCUGUCAGCUAAGUUGCCGCCAAGGAUUCAUUUUAUCGGGGGGCAGAGAAGAAGUGAGGUGUACCACGUCUGGAAAAUGGAGUGCCAAAGUUCAGACAGCUGCUUGUAAAGAUGUGGAAGCUCCUCAGAUCAGCUGUCCUGCGGACAUAGAGGCUGAGACUCAGGAACAGCAAGACUCUGCUAAUAUCACCUGGCAAAUCCCAACAGCUAAAGACAACUCUGGGGAAAAGGUAUCAAUCCACGUUCAUCCAGCUUUUACCCCACCUUAUCUUUUCCCAAUUGGAGAUGUUGCUGUCACAUACACGGCAACUGACCCAUCCAGCAACCAAGCCAGCUGCACCUUCCAUAUCAAGGUUAUUGAUGUAGAACCACCUAGCAUAGACUGGUGCAGAUCCCCGCCUCCAAUCCAGGUCUCUGAGAAGGAGCAUGCUGCAACCUGGGACGAGCCUCAGUUUUCAGACAACUCAGGGGCCGUGUUGACCAUCACCAGAAGCCAUACACCAGGAGACCUUUUCCCUCAUGGGGAGACGAUAGUGCGGUAUACAGCCACUGACCCCUCAGGCAAUAAUAGAUCGUGUGACAUUCACAUUAUCGUAAAAGGUUCCCCCUGUGAAGUUCCAUUUACACCUGUAAAUGGGGAUUUUGUAUGUACUCAAGAUAGUACUGGUGUUAACUGCACAUUAAGUUGCUUAGAGGGCUAUGAUUUCACAGAAGGAUCUACUGACAAGUAUUAUUGUGCUUAUGAAGAUGGUAUCUGGAAACCACCAUAUUCCACUGAAUGGCCAGACUGUGCUAUAAAACGUUUUGCAAAUCAUGGGUAUAAGUCCUUUGAGAUGCUAUACAAGGCAACUCGCUGUGAUGACACAGAUCUGUUGAAGAAGUUUUCUGAAGCAUUUGAGACCACCCUGGGGAAAAUGGUCCCGUCAUUUUGUAGUGAUGCUGAUGACAUUGACUGCAGACUGGAGGAUCUGACCAAAAAAUACUGCCUCGAAUAUAAUUAUGACUAUGAAAAUGGCUUUGCAAUCGGACCUGGUGGCUGGGGUGCAGCCAACAGGCUGGAUUACUCAUAUGGUGACUUCCAGGACACAGUGCGAGAAACACCCACGGGUGCUGGCAAAGCCAGGUCUUCACGGGUAGAAAGAAGUGCCCCAUUAUCUGACCACAAAAUCAGGUUAAUUUUUAACAUCACAGCUAGUGUGCCAUUACCCGAUGAAAGAAACGAUACCCUUGAAUUGGAAAAUCAGCAGCGGCUCAUUAAGACGUUGGAAACUAUCACAAAUCGACUGAAAAGGACCCUUACUAAGGAGCCCAUGUAUUCCUUUCAGCUUGCCUCUGAAAUGCUUGUAGCUGACAGCAAUUCCUUAGAAACAGAAAAGGCUUUCCUCUUCUGCAGACCAGGCUCCGUGCUGAGAGGCCGAAUGUGUGUCAACUGCCCUUUGGGAACCUACUAUUCCCUGGAGCAUUCUGUCUGUGAGAGUUGCUUGAUGGGCUCCUAUCAAGAUGAAGAAGGGCAGCUUGAGUGCAAACCUUGUCCGACUGGAACUUACACCGAAUAUCUCCAUUCAAGGAGCAGCUCGGAAUGCAAAGCUCAGUGUAAACAAGGCACCUACUCAUCAAAUGGGCUUGAAACAUGCGAAUCGUGUCCACUGGGCAGCUAUCAGCCAGCGUUUGGUUCCCGGGGGUGCCUCUUAUGUCCAGAAAACACUUCAACUGUGAAGAGAGGAGCCGUGGAUAUUUCUGCUUGUGGAGUUCCUUGUCCAGUGGGAGAAUUCUCUCGUUCUGGGUUAAUGCCCUGUUAUCCAUGUCCUCAAGACUACUACCAACCCAAUCCAGGGAAGUCCUUCUGUUUAUCUUGUCCUUUUUAUGGAACUACAACCAUCACGGGUGCCAGAUCCAUCACAGAUUGUUCCAGCUUUAGUUCAACUUUCUCCGCAGCAGAGGAAAGUACAGUACUUCUUGCUUCUCCUGGACAUGUCAAAAAGAAGUAUGAAGUCAGCAGUCAGGUUUUCCAUGAAUGCUUCUUAAACCCCUGCCACAAUGGUGGAACCUGCCAACAACUGGGCCGUGGUUAUGUGUGUCUCUGUCUGCCUGGAUAUACAGGCUUAAAAUGUGAGAUAGACAUUGAUGAAUGCAGCUCACUGCCCUGCCACAACAAUGGAGUUUGCAAAGACCGAGUUGGAGAAUUCAUUUGUGAAUGCCCAUCUGGUUACACAGGUCAACUAUGUGAAGAAAAUGUAAAUGAGUGCAGCUCCAGUCCUUGUUUAAAUAAAGGAACUUGCAUUGAUGGCCUGGCUGGUUAUCACUGCAUGUGUGUGAAAGGAUACAUGGGCCUACACUGUGAAACAGAAGUCAAUGAAUGCCAAUCAAGCCCAUGUUUAAAUAACGCAGUCUGUGAAGAUCAGCUUGGGGGGUUCUUGUGCAAAUGCCCACCUGGAUUUUUGGGCACCCGGUGUGACAUAAACAUGGAUGAGUGUCUCAGCCAACCAUGCAAAAAUGGAGCUACCUGCAAGGAUGGUGCCAAUAGCUUCAGGUGCCACUGUGCGGCAGGCUUCACAGGGACGCACUGUGAGUUGAACAUCAACGAAUGUCAGUCUAACCCCUGUAAAAACCAGGCCACCUGUGUGGAUGAAUUAAACUCAUACAACUGUAAAUGUCAGCCAGGAUUUUCAGGCAGCAGGUGUGAAACAGAACAGUCUGCAGGCUUUAACCUGGAUUUUGAAGUUUCUGCCAUUUAUGGUUACGUCAUGCUGGAUGGUGUGCUUCCGUCCCUCCAUGCUAUAACCUGCACGUUCUGGAUGAAAUCGUCUGACGACACGAAUUACGGGACGCCGAUCUCCUAUGCCCUGGAGAAUGGCAGUGACAAUACCUUCCUCCUAACCGAUUAUAACGGUUGCUGUAUAAAAUGUCGAACUCAUCUUACUGAUAAAUCAUGCAGUGAAUGUGGUGGUUCAUUGGUUCUUGGGCAAGAACAAGACACAAAAGGAGAGGGAUUCAACCCAGCUGAGUCUUUUGUGGGCUCCAUAAGCCAGCUCAACCUCUGGGACUAUGUCCUGUCUCCACAGCAGGUGAAAUCGCUGGCCACCUCAUGCCCAGAGGAACUCAGUAAAGGAAACGUACUAGCUUGGCCUGAUUUCCUGUCGGGAAUUGUGGGGAGAGUGAAGAUCAAUCCGAAGAGCAUAUUCUGUUCGGAUUGCCCAUCUUUAGAAGGAUCGGUACCUCAUCUGCGAACUGCAUCAAGAGACGUAAAGCCAGGCUCCAAAAUCAGUCUGUACUGUGAUCCAGGCUUCCAGAUGGUCGGGAACUCUGUGCAGUAUUGCCUGAAUCAAGGACAGUGGACACAACCACUGCCUCGCUGUGAACGCAUUAGUUGUGGGGUGCCACCCCCUUUGGAGAACGGCUUCUAUUCAGCCGAGGACUUCCAUGCUGGCAGCACAGUGACCUACCAGUGCAACAGCGGCUACUAUUUGCUGGGCGAUUCGAGGAUGUUCUGUACGGAUAAUGGGAGCUGGAAUGGCAUUUCACCAUCGUGUCUUGAUGUUGAUGAAUGUGCAGUUGGAUCAGACUGUAGUGAGCACGCCUCCUGCCUGAAUACAAAUGGAUCCUAUGUCUGCUCAUGUAUCCCACCCUACACAGGAGAUGGUAAAAACUGUGCAGAACCUAUAAAAUGUAAGACUCCCAGAAAUCCAGAAAAUGGCCACUCUUCUGGGGAGACUUAUACCGUGGGUGCCGAGGUCACAUUUUCAUGUGAAGAAGGGUACCAGCUGGUGGGGGCGGCCAGGCUCACAUGUUUGGAGUCUGGAGAAUGGAGUCAUCUGAUACCAUAUUGUGAAGGUAUGUUGAGUAAGUUCCCCCCUGCGUAUGUGAAUUCCAUUCUGUCAUUUUCUUUUAUCUGCUUUAGGUGUAAUAAAGGAUAUACUCUGGAGGGUGAGAAAGAAUCAUCGUGUCUUGCUAGUGGUUCUUGGAGUCAUUCUCCUCCUGUGUGUGAACUGGUCAAGUGUUCUAGCCCCGAAGACAUAAAUCAUGGGACCUAUAUUUUGAGUGGGCUUACCUAUCUUUCUACUGCAUCGUAUUCAUGUGAGAAUGGAUACAGUUUGCAGGGCCCUUCAGUCAUUGAAUGCUCGGCCUCGGGCAGCUGGGACAGAGCGCCACCUACCUGCCGUCUGGUCUCCUGCGGCGAGCCGCCGGCCAUCAAAGAUGCUGUCACCACCGGGAGUAACUUCACCUUCGGGAACACUGUCACUUACGCUUGCAGAGAAGGGUGA